CACUUCCUGUCCGUUCAGGCGGUACGUUCAUCUUCCGUUUUGCCUGAGCGACGAAGAACUCAUUUUGUCCAAGUAAAAUACUCUUUUUUAUUUUUAUUCUUGAGCUGAUAUCGUCGACUGGGCAGACAUGUCUAGUCGCGAAGCCCUCAACAUGAAGCUCCCACCGAUCCAGUCCACGGCCGGAGCCGUGCCGGUCCGGAACGAGAAAGGUGAGCUCUCCAUGGAGAAGGUGAAGGUGAAGAGGUAUGUGUCAGGUAAACGUCCUGACUAUGCCCCAAUGGAGUCGUCAGAUGAGGAAGAAGAAGACUUCCAGUUUGUGAAGAAGGGAAAGGAAAUGGAGCCAGAGAUGGAGCUGGAGGAAGAAGACGUCUCUGACCCACGUCUCAAGCGUUUGCUCAACCGUGUCUCUGAAGACGUGGAGGAGAGGCUUGCGAGACAUAGACAGAUCGCAGAGCCUGAAGUUGUUCCUGAGAGUAGCGAGGACUCUGAUGAAGGCACGUGGCACCCAGAGCGGGAGGAGAGCAGUGAGGAGGAAGAGGAGGAGGAAGAAGAAGUGGAUGAUGAGGAAAUUGAGAGGAGACGAGCAAUGAUGCGGCAGCGAGCCAUGGAACGAAAGAACGAAGAGAUGGAGGUCAUGGAGGUGGAGGAGGAGGGGAAGUCAGGGGAGGAGUCUGAGUCUGAGUCUGAAUAUGAAGAAUACACAGACAGUGAGGAUGAAGCAGAGCCGCGACUCAAACCUGUCUUCAUACGCAAAAAGGACAGAGUCACAGUGGCGGAGCGAGAGGCAGAGGAGCAGAGACAAAAGGAGCUGGAAGCCGAGGCCAAGAAGCAGGCAGAGGAGCGUCGGCGCUACACCCUUAAGAUUGUGGAGGAGGAGGCGAAGAAGGAGUUUGAGGAGAACCGGCGCACGCUGGCUGCUCUGGAUGCCCUGGACACUGAUGGAGAGAAUGAGGAGGAAGAAUACGAAGCCUGGAAAGUCAGAGAGCUGAAACGCAUCAAGAGGGACAGAGAGGCCAGAGAAGUCAUGGAGAAGGAGAAGACUGAAAUCGAGAGAUUCCACAGCUUGACAGAGGAGGAGCGCAGGGCUGAGCUCCGCAACAGCGGCAAAGUCGUCACCAACAAAGCCACCAAAGGCAAAUACAAGUUCCUCCAGAAAUACUACCACAGAGGCGCUUUCUUCAUGGAUGAGGAGGAGGACGUGUACAAGAGGGAUUUCAGCGCGCCAACUCUGGAGGAUCACUUCAACAAAACCAUCUUACCCAAAGUCAUGCAGGUCAAAAACUUUGGGCGUUCUGGACGCACCAAGUACACACAUCUUGUGGACCAGGACACCACAUCGUUCGACUCAGCCUGGGCCCAGGAGAGCGCCCAGAACAGCAAGUUCUUCAAGCAGAAGGCAGCAGGCGUGAGAGAUGUGUUCGACCGGCCCACAGUGAAGAAGAGGAAGACCUAAGUCUUCAUCAGACCGACACUGCAGCUUCAGAGACUGUUCAGCGACUGAGCUGCAUCCUGCUGAGUUUAAGGAUGCUGCGUCUUCCCUGGACUUUAUGUUGUGGAGGGAAGGCAGCAAAUAGGCUGAUUCCACCACUCUGAAAUGUAUCUACCAGGAAGGUGCACCAACAUUUAACCAUGUUUUUCUUACCCAUCAGUCAUUUACACCGAAAAACAUGGGGCAAAGGCCGAAAAUAAUCCUGAAACCAGUUACGUUCAAAACAUCCUAAAGAUUUAGAGCCACAUCUCAGAUAUCUUCUUCAGUUUUAAAGCAAAGUCAUUUUGUAAAUAGGCAGAUGUUUGUACUCACUUUCUAUGUUCUUCCACUAUUAUGUGAAAGUACAGGUGGUGUAACUUGUUGAUUUGUUUGCGAAUAAAAUUUGUAUUUUCAUCAUUUUAAAAA